AUGAUUCCAAACAAUAAUGAUCAAUCAAUGAAUCAAACAAUUCAAAAUGUUCAAAACGGAAAUAUUCAAGCCGGAGAGAAUGUACAGCAGCAAAAUCUAACAGAAGCUCAACUUACAGAAAUUUUGCGACAACCAAUUCAACAAUUAGUGACGUUUUUUAAUACAGCUUAUUUUGGAAAUGCAUCUUCAGUCAAAAUAUCAUGGUUUCUCCUAUCAUUAUACCUCGAAAACCUUGUUGCCUACAAUUUAUUUGAACAUUCAUUAAUCACAAUCACAGCAACACAGCACAGACCUACUCUUUUAUCUCUUUUGCAUCCAUUUAAAGUAUAUUCAUCACAAGGAAAAUUUAUCAAAAGAUCUGAUUUUCCCUCUAUUGCAAAAGAAGCUCAGCUCCCUAUUCCUAUUGCUCAGAUCAUCAUUGUUGGUCAGAUCUUUUUCACAAGCAUUGAAUCAGUCGAAAGUUUCCUUAAAUCUUUAAAAUUAUUUUCAAGGUCAUUAAUUUCCGAAAAACAAGUUCUCGAGUGGUGUUCAUCAUUAUUACCAAAUCUAUCGAAGUUCUUGUACUACUCAAUUGUCGACGAGCGAAGAGAAAGUUUAGAUCCAUUUAAUUUGCAACAAUUUUUUGUUUCUCUCCCUCAGAAGAUGAAAAUACUUGCAUAUUCACCUAAUCUGCAAACAGCGUUUUCCAAAUUCACCAAAGAGAAAACGAUAUCAAUAUACGAAGACCUUUUAGAGUACUCAUCUUCAUCUCCAGAAGAUCGUGUUUCCGAAAUCAAGCUAGAGAUCUUAGACGUUCGUAGUUUUUCAUAUUAUACAGCAUACGUUGACAAUUUGACGUUUGUUGAUGUUCCUUCCAAGUCAAUGACAACAAUUUGCAAAUCUCUUUAUGGAACAGAUGAAUCUCCACUAUUUGGAACAAAAUUAUUUGGCGAAAGAUGCAAACAAGUUGGUAAGAAAGAACAUGCCCGUUAUUUGGAGCAAUUUUCUACUCAUUUGAUGAUAACAGAUAAAUUUGAUUGUGAAUAUCGAUCUACAUACAUCAAAAUGAAUAGCUGCAAGACAUUAGAACGAACUCUAUUCUACUUCGGCUUCCAAACAGAAAUUUUCCAAGAAUUUUCGGAGAUUUUAUCUCAAUUAACAACUUUUUCUGAAAGUAUUGAUGAAAUAACUACAGAAAUUAAGAGGAUAAUGUUGUUUAAAGAUGAAACAGUGUAUUCUUCCAUUAGAUUUGCUACUUUAUACAUUUUAUUGUUAGAACUUUACAAAAUUGUAAAAGAAGACACAGCUACGAAUAUGAAUAAACUAAUCAUGGCCAUGAAAACCGAAAAGCCUCCGUUUUCUUCAUAUGGAGACUCACUUUUAGCAAAUGCCGAUGUUCUUGUUAUGGGAAUCAUGAGAUCGGUGAAGCACUUCCAAGAAAAGUUCAAUAAUUAUGGUUCUGCUUGUCAAACCCUCAAAAAUAGAAUGAUUGCAAAAAUUCAAAUUAAAAAUAAGAAUAUUAAGAUUUCUCUUGUUGAAAAUUUAAUUGUUGAUACUAAUACUAAAUAA